AGAAUGAUCACUAGUUUUCCAGUGAGAAAUUUCUUACCACGGGUAACAAUUACAUCUUGCGCAUUUUUCUCAAAGGAAUCAACAUCGGCAGCUGGGACAGUGGCAGAAAAGAAAGAAUCAGAACUUCAGAAGUUUGCUGGAAAAUCAAAUUUACUGGAAAAGAAGAAAGUCGGCAUUUUUGGAACAAGUACCGUGCCGAUCAAUACUAACUUUCCAAAUCCAAAGGGAGUAGUUGAUUACGAUCCGGAUUUUUCCAUCAAAGAGUUGGUAGCUGAACUUCCGAAUACGCGUAAAACACAAGGAGCAAAGCUCUCUGAAGAGAUAAAAAAUGCUUUCAACAGCGUUUCGAUCGAAAAAACGGAACUCCUGGAAGAUAUAGGAUUUGUGAGACAUAACGAGGCUCGUGUUGAUUAUCGUUUUGAUACUCAAGAGAAAUUAGAUCUUUGGAAAAUCGGUUGCGAUAGUGAUUGGAAAGAAGGCUUCUCGACGUGUUCUCUUGUAAAUUCGGAUCGAGGAACUGCAGUUUUCAGCGGAAAUAUUUCAACAAAAGUUCUUAAAGAUGGAAGAGUUGAACGAGCUGGAUGGGCUUCAAUGAAAUUAGAAGAUCGGAAGGCGUUUAAUCGGAAAAAGUUUUUGUCAAAGUGGAGAAAUUUCUCUCAUUUAUUGUUGAAGGUUCGAGGAGACGGUCGAAGUUACAAAAUCAUGCUUCAUUCACCACUUUCAAUGGAUUUCACGUGGGGCGACUCAUUUUCUCAUCCUCUUCACACUCACGGCGGUCCUUAUUGGCAAUAUGAGAAGAUUCCAUUUUCCAAGUUUUUCCAUACUGUCGCUGGAAGAAUUCAAGACAGACAGUACAGAGUGAAUCUAGAAGAUACAAGCUCCAUCGGAAUUGUACUCAUGGAUCGUAUAGAUGGUGAUUUCCGACUCGAGAUUGAUUAUAUUGGAGUUUAUAAUGAUACUACACAUGUGGAGGACUUCGCCUAUGAAACUUACACGCUGCCGGUUUUCAACACACACGGUUUUUAGUAUUGCGUUCUUUAAAGUGUUGAUAGAUUGUUCUUUUUUCGAUAUUAGACCUUUGUUCAAAAUAAGAAAAUAUAUAU